UUGGUCGGAGGAGGACGUUUGUUAUUUUGUGUGUGUAUUUUAACGGUUUGUUGACAAUAGUUGAGUAAACUUGCUGAAUAACGCGACAAAGUUAAACGAGAGGAGUAGUAGUGCUCUGUAUAUGUAGUUUUGUUAAGCUCCGGAGCUAUGACGAGCCAACCAGAAGUCGGAGUCCCUGACUUCGUCCUGUUGGACAAUUUGACUACGGAUAAGUUUAUCGAAAAUUUGAAAUUAAGAUUUAACCAUAACAAAAUCUACACGUACAUCGGCGAAGUGCUGGUCUCCGUGAACCCGUACAAGAACCUGGACAUCUAUGGCGCCCAGCACAUGGCGCAGUACAGGGGCAGGGAGAUGUUCGAGGUGCCGCCGCACGUGUACGCUGUGGCUGACGCCUGCCAGAGGGUGCUGAGGCAGCAGGGUAGGGACACCUGCGUUCUCAUAUCCGGAGAGUCGGGAGCGGGUAAAACGGAGGCCUCCAAGUUUAUUAUGAAGUACAUCGCGGCGAACACCACUCAAGUGCACAGGGAUUACAUUGACAGGGUGAAGAACGUAUUAAUCCAGUCAAACUCGAUACUCGAGACGUUUGGCAACGCGAAGACGAACAGAAACGACAAUUCGUCCCGAUUCGGGAAAUAUAUGGACAUAAACUUCGAUUACAAAGGCGAUCCAGUCGGCGGCCACAUAAGUAACUAUCUGCUAGAGAAGAGCAGAGUCGUCAGCCUCCAGCCUGGGGAGAGAAACUUCCAUGCGUUUUAUCAGUUGCUUAGCACAAAUAACCAAUACACAAAGAAGUUCGGCCUCAGUUCGAGCGCGGCGUACAAAAUAUUGGGCAGCGAGCGCGCCACCGCACAGGAUUCUAAGCUGUUUUCCCUUACCAAUAGUGCAUUUAACGCUCUGGGAUUUUCGCCGUCGGUCGUCGACGACAUAUGGAGCAUAGUUUCGGGUAUUAUUUUAUUGGGCGAGCUGACGUUCAGCGAGUCGGCGGACGGGCAGGUGGCGCUGGGCGGGCCGCUGGGCGCGUGCGUGCGCGCGCUGGGCGUGGGCGAGGCGGCGCUGCGGGCCGCGCUGGGCGCGCGCGUGCUGGCCGCCGGCGGGGACCUCGUCAGCAAGGACCACUCGCUCAGCGACGCGCACUACACGCGCCUCGCGCUCGCCAAGGCGGCGUACGACCGCCUCUUCACCUGGAUCGUGCAGCAGAUAAACAAAAAAAUCGAGCCUCCGGCGAACGCGUGGGGCGGCUCGCUCAUCGGCGUGCUCGACAUCUACGGCUUCGAGAUCUUCGACUGCAAUAGUUUCGAGCAGUUCUGCAUCAACUACUGUAACGAGAAGUUGCAGCAACUCUUCAUCGAAUUGGUCCUGAAGCAGGAACAAGAGGAGUACGCAAGGGAAGGCAUUCAGUGGACGCCCGUGCAGUACUUCAACAACCGCGUCAUCUGCGAGCUGGUGGAGGCGCCGCACACCGGCAUCAUCGCUAUCAUGGAUGAGGCCUGUCUUAAUCCUACUAAGAUAUCGGACGCGCAGCUGCUGGAGGCGCUGGACGCGCGGCUGCGCGGCCACCGCCACUACACCUCGCGCCAGCUCGCGCCCACCGACAAGCUGCUGCGCCACCAGCGGGACUUCCGCAUUACGCAUUACGCAGGUGACGUGACGUACUCGAUAGAAGGUUUCAUGGACAAGAACAAAGACUCUUUAUGGCAGGACCUCAAGCGGCUGCUACACUCCUCCAGCGUGGCCUCGCUCAAAGACAUGUGGCCGGAGGGCGCCACGAACAUACAAAAGACGUCGAAGCGGCCGCCGUCGGCGGCGUCGCUGUUCCGCAGCUCGAUGUGCGCGCUGGCGGGCGGGCUGCACAGCAAGGAGCCGUUCUACGUGCGCUGCGUCAAGCCCAACUCGCUGCAGGCGCCCGCCGCCUGGCACGACCAGCUCGUGCGUCACCAGGUCGCGUACCUGGGCUUAGUCGAGAACGUGCGCGUGCGCCGCGCCGGGUUCGCUUCCCGGCAGCGGUACGACCGCUUCCUCAAACGCUACAAGAUGCUUUCCCAGUACACGUGGCCCAACUUCCGGGGCGCUAGCGAUAAAGAUGCGGUCAUGGUGCUGCUGAGAGAUCUGCAGAUAACCGACGUGCAGUUCGGACACACGAAACUGUUUAUCAGGAGUGCGAAAACGAUCCACGGGCUGGAGACGGCGAGAGCAGAGCUGAUCCCGUCCAUCGUGGUGCUGCUGCAGAAGCUGUGGCGCGGCGCGCUCGCGCGGCAGCGCUACAGGAAGAUGAAGGCCGCGUGGAUCAUAUAUAAUGCUUGGAAACGCUACCGCUUCCGGCGCUACAUCGGCGAGCUGCAGGCGGAGCUGUCGCGGGGGCGCGGCGCGGUGGCGCAGUGGCCGCGCGCCCCGCGGGGCGUGGCCGUGCCGCUGCUGCAGGCGGCCUACCGCCGCUGGCGCGCCUACCUGCUGCUCAAGCCGGUGCCCAGGGACCAGUGGCAGCAGCUCAAGCUCAAGAUAUGCGCCGCCAGCGCGCUGCGGGGCAGGCGGCCGCAGUGGGGCGCGGCCCGGCACUGGCUGGGGGACUACUUGGCCAACCCCGCCUAUAACGAUAAGGCUGCGCUGUACCGGUCGGCGGCGGCGGCGCUGCAGCGCGGGCAGGCGCUGGGCGCGGCGCAGUUCUCGUGCCGCGUGCACAAGUUCAACCGGCACAACCGGCUGGCGGCGCGCUGCCUGCUGCUCACCGCCAACGCCAUCUGCAAGCUGGACGCCAACACCUUCAAGCUGCUCAAGAAGCCCACGCCCAUCGCUGAGGUGGGCGCAGUGCGGGUGAUGAGCAGCGACGCGCAGCUGGCGGUGAUCAGCGUGCCGUCCGCCAACAACGACCUGGUGGUGGGGCUGGUGGCCGCCGGGCCCGCCGCGCCCGACCUGCUCGGCGAGCUGCUCGGCGUGCUCGCGCACCGCUACACCGCGCUGACCGGGCGGGAGCUGAUAGUGGAGGUGGAGAGCGGCGCCACGACGCGCUGCACGCUGGGCGGCAAGCACCGCGCGCUACAGCUGCCCUCCCCCUCCUCCCCCGCCUCCCCCUCCUCCCCCGCGCACGCGCCCGCACAGAGCGCACCCUUCACGCACGCGCACAACGUCAUCACGUACCACCCGGCCUCUGCGAGGGCCUAGUCGCCUCCGAGGGAUUUUAAUAUCGUUAUGUCGUUUAUUGGUCAUAUGUCAAUGUGCUCUCGUGGAAUGCAUUUCUUCGAACGAGUGUUUAAAGUGUGGGAGGUUUGGUGGGUGGAAUUUCUUAGGUUGAGCUUAAGUGUGUUCGAGUUACAUAGAAAUAACAUCCGGUUUCUGGUUAAGUUAUUCCCCCCAUCCAUUUUACUAAUACAGAAAGAAACGUUCCCCCUCGUCUCCUCUAAAGCAUAAACCCUCAAACAGCUUACGUAAAGAACAGAUACAAAAAUGUGUCUUAAAAGAGUCCCGAAACGAUCCCCUACCUGAACACGUGCAAAUGUCCCAGGCACAGAUUAAAGCUAAAUAGAAAUUAGUGCCUUUAGUUAAAUACCAUAUGUUAGAUAGUAUGCAUUUCAAAGUUUCAGCCUAGAAAACU